AUGUCUCCCGUACGUGAUGACGAGGCUUCAGUCGUCGAGGUCUGCGCUGGCCAGCCUCUCUACAACGCCGAGAUCUACGGCAGUCUUCGGGCGGGCGGUGCGGUCAAGUUCUUCUCCGAGUAUUGCCUCGGUCUGGUCGCUGCCACGUUCUCGUCGACAUUCGCGGUUGAGUGCCUUAUCACCGCGAUCCAGCCUCUGCUCCAGCAGCACUUCGGCCUCACACCAGCUCAACUGGCAGCUUCUCAGCGUCUCUCGUCGAUGCCUUUGGUGCUGAGCUUCCUGUUCGGACUGCUAACCGACUGCUACCCGAUCAUAGGGCUGCGACGCAAGGCGUACACGCUCAUCGGCCUGGUGACCACCACCAUCAGUAUUUGGGUCCUAGCUGGACUCAACGCGUACAUGGACUCGCUGGCACAAGGGGAUGCUAGUACCGGUCUGGCGGUUGCUGUGAUCGCGUUUGCUUCGCUGGUCAGCCUCGGAAACAUCGUGACGUAUGUCAGUAUUCACACGCGCGUGAUCGAGCUGGCUCAAAGGGAGCCUUUGGGGCUGCGGGGAUCAAUUCUGGCGACGUAUUUGAUCUUCAGAAGCGUCGUGUACAUUAUCACGGACGCGUGCGUCUUCGCGGUUCAGAGCUCUGCGACCGCAGGCACUUCUCAUCAAACGACAGCCCUCGUGGUAUACGGCUUCAUCAUCGCUCUGCCGCUUCCGAUCAUCUACAAGUUUUGGGAGGAGAAGUACUACUCGCUGUCGACGACCGUGAAAACUCGAGGCCAGAUCCUGUGGAAGAUCAUGCAGCAAAAGGCCGUGUGGAGCGUGCUGGUGUUCCAAUGCUUCUUCACGCUCUUCAACCAGAUCUCGUUCGGAGGACCGUCGACGAUUAUCAGUGUGUGGGCUGGAGCGAGCGGAGACAAUGUGUUCAUGCAGCAAGCGAUGCACUACGGAAUCGUGGCGAUAACGGUGCUCGUGUGGCGCUACUACUUCAUGAACCGCCCGUGGCGCAGCUUCUUCGCUGGUUCUCCGGGACUCCUGAUCGUGCCACAGAUGAUUGUCGCGAUCCUGGUAAGCCAAGACAUUCUUCGCGACCGCGCGUUCUAUCGGUUUAUGGCCUUGUUUAACAGCAUAUCCUUCGGUAUCGGCUGGCUUGGAAGUGUGGUUCCAUUGACGGAGAUCAUCCAGGAAGGCUCGGAGGGUGCCAUGGUCGGCCUUACCUUGUCACUCUACUUCCUCGUCGGCAUCUUCGUGCAAACCAACUCGGUCGGACUUUUCGAGGGAAGCAACUUUUACGACGUCGCUGCGGUCUCAGCUGACACUCCAGAGGCGCGUGGGGACGUUCUCAAGGCACUGAUGUUCAACUACGGCAUCAACGCGUUGGCGUUCUUCGGCCUCAUUUUCUUACCGCGUCAGAAGCUUGACACGCAGCAGCUCCGUAGCUACGGCGGGUACACCAAGUGUGCCAACGCUGCCAUCGUCACCUUCUCUACGAUUCUGUUCUUAUACUCGUUUGCGGUUUCCAUCAUGACGUUCAUCCCGGGGACUGCUUGCAUUCGUAUCACCGGUGGCUCUGGGUGCUAA